GAGCAUACUGCCCGAUGAGGCCACGGAAAGGAAGAUCCUAGAUGAAAGUUACACGAUGUUGUGUCGUAACGAAAAACUGGUGAGACAACUGAACAAACUGGGGAGGAUAAUGGUACCCCGCAAGAGGAAGAAGGGGCAAUGGUACUUCCAUUUUGAAUACAGCACAAAUGUCGAGCAAAAAUUUGUACAGAAAGAGAAGAAAAAUUUUAAAGAAAUGUGGAAAACAGUUGUUAGGCAGGAUUAUAUAAAAAAAAUUAUGAACAUUUUUGAAGGGCAGAAUUUUAUUAGUGGGAGUAACGGAGGAGGAGGGUCUCGGGGACCUCCUUAUCCUUGUUACUUCGUCUUGGGGGCGGAAGGCGUGGGGAAAAAGUUUUUCAUACAAAAGGCGAAGGAUAUCUUUUUAAGAAGACCACCCCAUGUGGGUAGCGAGCCAAAUGGAUACCCUCCACGAGGAGGAAACCAAAAUGGUGUUCCACACAGAGAGCAACUACAUGGAGGAGAAAAAGGAAGCAGAAGAAGUAUUUUUUUCGAGUACGACUUUAAGGACGUAAACCAAAACGAAUCGGUUAUCCCCUUCUCUGUGAAGUUGCACAAGCUGGAAGAGUUCCUAAGGUACAAAUUGAUGAAAGAAGUAAACAGCGAUGUGACAAAUGGAAAGAUAAAUAUGAGAGACAUUUAUGAGCAGUUCAUCAUGGGGGGGAGAGAAGAAAAAGAGGAGGACCCCCUUAUUGCGAAAUUCCCAGUCCUAUUCAAACACAUAUUAAACACCCCUCAAAUGUAUGAUUAUUUAAAUGACCAAGACAGGAAGAACAUCACAAAGUGGAUAAACCUGUUGGAGAUGAAUAACUACAAAUAUGAUAAUUUUCUUUCCUUUUUAACAAUCCUUUUGAGAAAAUUAAAUGUAAAAUGCUUUGUACAUGAGUUGAAUGAAUUCAGCGCUUUUUUAUAUUUUUUAAAAAUGGUAGCAGAGUGUGAAGAGUAUCAAUACUGUAUGAACAACUCGGAGGGAAUACUUACCGAUUUUACCAGUGGGUUAUUCCUCUAUCGUUAUUUUUUGUCAUUAAUUAAUUUUUUACGAAACAAAUAUGGAUAUAAUUUCUGUUUCGUUUUCUACAAUUUGCAUUUUUUCCUUUUGGGUCCUCAGCCCAUGCGCAAUUUUCACUUUUUUGCCAAAUGGUGCGAAGAGAAUGUGGACAGACACAACGUCCCCGUCAUUUUUCAUUCCAUUAAGAAUAUCGAGAUGAUGAAGUUUGUGUUCGUUUUUAACAACCUGGUGUUGAGGCAGGUUGGGGGGGGCACCUUCAGGGUUGGAAGUAGUGGCAGGGUUGGAAGUAGUGGCAGGGAUGGAAGUAGUGACAGGGUUGGAAGCAGUGACCGGGUUGGAAGCAGUGACCGGGUUGGAAGCAGUGACCGGGUUGGAAGCAGUGACCGGGUUGGAAGCACUGUCCGUGGUAGCACUCGUGACGGCGCAGAAAAAUCACCGCAAAUAAACCCAGUGCCAGUGGGGGAGAGUGACUUCCCCCCCAACUUCCACAACUUGGCGAUGAAGGAGCUACAAAACUAUCACCUCAUAAGGGAAAACCUAAUCGAAAUAAACGACCUUUCCUACGACAUGGUGAGGUGCUUAAUCAUUCCUAAUUAUGUGAAGGACGAAAAGGUGGCCAAGUGUAUUUACAACAUCAUAGGGGGAAAUGCCCACUUAGUAAAAACAGUAUGUAAGGGGCUACACGAUCUGAACAGCCAGUUUGAUGAAGACCAAAUGAGGAACAAAAUUGAAAUGGAAAAAAAAGAAAAGGUUACGUACGACAUGGAUGAAGAAGGUCAAAUCAACGUAAGGAGUAACACUAUCGAAGAAAUUCUGCAACAUCGAAUGUUGGAGCAGCAAAAAGGGUUUUUAAAAAAUAUACAUGAAGAUAUUCUACACACAUUUAUCCUCGACUUCGAGAGGAAAGUACGCACCUUCUUUAGUCUCCCCCAUGUUGAACGGCUAAAGAGGAAAAGAAACUCCACACAGGGAGGAGGGGGAGGGCAACAAAUUGAAAGGGAAGAAACACCAAAAAAGGAGGGGCUAACCUAUAUCCAAUUUUACUUCACCAUUUUUGAAGCUAUCAAAUAUUUUUUAAAAAAAAAAAAAAUCUUUUGUAAAAAUAUAAUAAAUCUGAAUAACCCCAUCUUGCUUGGACUCAUUGAUGUGAAUAUCAUUCAGUACAACUAUGAGCAUGGGUACCUCGAGCUGACCAACCAGCUUUACGAAGUCCUGCUGCUUAACUACAUGGAUAUGAAGUACAGGCAAUUUCCUCUGAAGUACAAAGCCCAGUACAAUAUUAAUUAUGUACUUAACUAUAAGAUAAUCCAGCACGAGUUUAAUUUGCUGGAGUCUCAGGCGUAG